CUAUACUAAUGUUUAAGUUUUUAUUAGAAAAAUAAUUUUAUCUUUUAUGAAGUAUAUAUUAUUAACUGUUUCAGUUAUAAAUAUACAUUUACAUUUGUAAAGUAUGGGAUCCAUCACAGAAGAGCAACUUAGUUAUUGGUUUGAAGAUAUUCGUUGUGGAGAUUUAUACUGCCCAUAUAAAGGCUGUUUAAAAACAUUUUUCACUUCAUUUAACCUUGCACAUCAUUUAAACAAAGAAUGUCACUUUGGUAAAUUUGAAGGAUCAAUUCCAUGUACUCAUUGUCCAAAAAUGUUAAAGUUUAAUGACCUUAAAAUACAUUGGAAAAAUACACACGAACAGGUUGCCAAUGUUUUAAAUAAGUUAAAUCGUGGAAUUCCCACACCAUGUGCUAAUUAUUUGUGUUCAAAGAUGUUCUCUGGUACCUUUACUGACUGCAAGUUAUAUUUGAAGCACUCAAUAAACUGCACUCCAUUUUUAUGUCAUAGGUGUAACGGUGAAUAUUCAUCUAGAAAUAUCCUUAUUGGACAUCAAAAGAUGUGUAUCGGUAUUAAUAAGUUAAACAAGAAAGGUAAUGAAAAUAUUCAAAGUGAAACAUUAAAACUAAAAAAGAAAAGAAAAGAAAACACUUUAAAAAAUGCAAAAAAUUAUCCUUUGCGUAAUUCUACAUAUACAGUUGAUCAUUCACAGAAUGAAGGAAAAGAAAAACUUCAAAACAACAGUCUAGCUGAUGGUUUGUCCACUAAAGCAACACAGACUACAUUUGAUAUUUCUUUUACAGACACAAAUACUUUUAUAGAUGAAAAUAAUAUGCCUUACUUAUUUCACCCUAUACCCUCAGUUCCACACAGUUGUUUAGAACCUUCUGCUAAUAUUAAAAUUGAAUCUUCUAAUAAAACAUUAAAUAAACUAUGCAACACAUCCAAUAACACAAGCAAAUUAAUUUCGGUCAAAAAAAAUAUUACCCCUAAUUUUGGAACCUCUUCUAUUUCUUCACCUUGUUACCAAUCAACUCCUUUAAAUCAUCUCAAAUCUCCUAAGCUAUUAAGCCAGUUUAAAGAAUUCAAAGAACAAAAUGAAAAUGAUUUGUCUCUUUUAAAACUUUUGUAUGACUUUAUUAAAGUUAAAAAAAGAAAAAAGCGAAAAAUUUCUCAAGGUUCUUUUUAUACUGGUUCUUGGACUAUCACAGAGAAAGCGAAAAAAAUUAAAUGUAAUGACAAUGAAAAUAAUAAAGACCACAAAACUCAUUUGUUGCAUUUAGAAACUUUUAAAAAAGAAACAGAACUUAAUCAUGUAUUUGAAAAUUUUAGUUCACAACAUAAUAAUAUUUCAAUCGAAACCUCUAAAAAAAACAAUUGUAGUAUAGAUAAUGAAUUGAUAUCCGAUUCAAAUAUACUACAAAAUAUGUGUAAAAUUCAACAGACAACUCAUCAAGUUUAUAAAAGUGAUUCUCUUUUAAAGCACAAUGAAUCUUUUUCUCAAAAGGAUCAAAAUUGGUUUUCACAUGAUGGUAUUAAAAGUAUUCAUGACACAUCUCCAAAGACUGAUAAAUUAGAAUUGAAUACAAAUGUUGUAUCAGCUAUAAAUGAAAUGCACGAUGUUUCAAAACCUAUUAUAGUUGCAAACCAAACUUUAGUUAAGACUUUUUCAAAGCCUCAAUCUAAACAAAAAGGCUGUGACAGUGUUAAACCAACUAAAAUAAAUAGUGGUAAAAAUGCUCAUCCAAUGAUGUGGAAGAACAAGGAUAUAUAUACUAAUAAUAAUUCGCUAUUAGGGUUAACAAACAGUGACUCUUUCAAUAGGGUUAUUGAAAAUUUGAAUAUCAAUAAAAUGUUAAAUGGAAAAUCUGAAAGUAUAAAAGAUGAUAAUAUUGUUCAUUAUUCAAAUGAUAUUCUGAAAAAUGAUCGAAAAACGAAAAGAAUGAAAAGUAUUAAUAGUAUUGAUCAAAACAAAAACAAAAUUACUGAUCGGGCAAGCAUCAAUAAACAAUAUGAAUGUGAAUUUGAUAUACAAUCCCAUGUUAAUAAAAAAGAUGAAAACAAAACGGAUUUACAGUUAUGUUUAAAUAAAAAUGAAGAAUAUAUAAUAAGUUCCCAUUUCAAUAUGAAAAAAAAGAUGAAAUCUCAUUUCAAUAGACAAGAUAAACAAAAACAUAGUCAUCUAGAGAAACAUCCAGAUGAAACAAUGGUAAAUGAGGCAAAGCCUUUUUUUUAUAUUCAGAAACCACAUUUGGAUUCUCUAAAAUUUAUAGAACUAACUGGUAAAAUACCUAACCGUGAUCAACGUAGCUGCAGUUAUUAUUGGAAUAAUCAUGAUGAAGUAAAAUCAAACAUGACUAUUGAUGAAAAUCGUAAAAUAAAUAAAUUUAGUGAUCCAAUUUUAACCAGUUUUUGUACAUUUAAAACUGAUAAAAUAGUAGACAAACAAAUUCAUAGUUUGAAACUAGAAGGAAGCGCGAAUAAACCAGAUUUAAUCCAAACUGGUACUUUGAAUAAUGAUAUUGAUAGCUUUCUAUUACUUAUAAUAAACAGUGAAUCUAUUGAGAUUGUUUAUGAACUAUCAGAGUCAGAACAGUUUAAAAGCUGUUUAAGUGUUCUCCAGACAAAUGAUAUAAGUAAAAAAAAUUGUACACAAAUAAUUAAUGAUACUUUCUUGGAAAGUAACAUUCAAAAGUUAAUUUCUCAAGACUUGUGUGAACCUAUUUCAGAGUCUCACCCAAAAUCAUCUCAACUUGAAAACCUAAUUCAUUUUGUUGAGUCAACCACAAAAGAUAUUCCAAACAAAGAUAGGGAAAACAUUUCUAUUCAAAAAAGUAUAGUUUUAAAUGAACUUAGUUGUGAUGUUAAAAAAGAUAGUUCCAGUGAAAAAGAUCAUGAUUAUUCUACAAUUAGUGAAAAUUUAGAUUCAAGUACGACUAUUUCUAAAACUAUUUCUCCACUUAAAUCUAAUAACCCAUCAUACUUAUCUUCAUAUAAUAAGCAAGAUUUUCCAUCAGAGUCUGAUUUAUACAAAAAAUAUGAGUUUUAUGAAUGCCAAGAAAUUGACAAGCUCGAGAAAGAUGAUACAAGCUUCAUUGAUUUUAAAGUUGAAUCUGCUCAGUCAAAUGUUCAGAAACUACAAUUUGAUCACCCAAAAAAGUGUAGAAGUAGUUAUAUAAAAAAUAUUAGUCAUGAUAGCUUCAUGAUAUCAUCUUCAUCACAUCUUCAGAAUACUAGCCAUGAUAGCUUCAUGAUAUCAUCUUCAUCACAUCUUCACAAUACUAGUCAUGAUAGCUUCAUGAUAUCAUCUUCAUCACAUCUUCACAAUACUAGUCAUGAUAGCUUAGCAUAUGGUGAAAAAAAAUCAAGUGUAACUAUUAAUAAACAAAAGCAAGAUGAAAAUAAAACUGAUAUCGAAUCUUUUUACAAUCAGCAGAAUGAAAAUAAAAUUGAUAUUCAAUCUUGUAUCAAUCAGCAAGAUGAAAAUAUAACUGAUGUCCAAUUGUAUUUCAAUCAGCAAAAUGAAAAUAAAACUGAUAUCGAAUCUUUUUACAAUCAGCAAAAUGAAAAUAAAACUGAUAUUCAAUCUUGUAUUGUUCAGCAAGAUGAAAAUAUAACUGAUUUCCAAUCUUGUUUCAAUCAGGAAAAUGAAAAUAAAACUGAUAUAGAAUCUUUUUACAAUCAGCGAAAUGAAAGUAAAACUGAUAUUCAAUCUUGUAUUGUUCAGCAAGAUGAAAAUAUAACCGAUUUCCAAUCUUGUUUCAAUCAGCAAAAUAAAAAUAAAACUAAUAUCCAACCUUGUUGCAAUCAACAGGAUGAAAAUAAAACAGAUAUUCAAUCUUGUAUUGUUCAGCAAGAUGAAAAUAUAACCGAUUUCCAAUCUUGUUUCAAUCAGCAAAAUAAAAAUAAAACUAAUAUCCAACCUUGUUGCAAUCAACAGGAUGAAAAUAAAACAGAUAUCAAAUCUAUUUUUAAUCAGCAAAAUGAAAAUAAAACUUCUAUCCAAUUUUGUAUCAAUCAAAAAAGUGAAAAUAUAAAUGAAAUACAAUCAUUUAUUAUUCAGCAAAAUAAAAUUGAAGUUGAUAUCCAAUCUUUUAUCAAUCAGCAAAAUGAAUAUAUAGCUGAAAUUCAAUCUUGUAUUAUUCAGCAAAAUGAAAUUGAAAUUGACAUCCAACCUUGUUACGAUCAGCAAAAUGAAAAUAAAACUGAUAUUCAAUCUAGUUUCAAUCAUCAAAAUAAAAGUAUAACUGACAUCCAAUUGUAUCUCAAUCAGAAAAAUGAAAAUAAAAUUGAUAUCCAAUCUUGUUUAAAUCAAAAGGAUGAAAAUAAAACUGAUAUCCAACCUUGUUGCAGUCAACAGGAUGAAAAUAAAACAGAUAUCCAAUUGUGUUUCAAUCAGCAAAAUGAAAGUAGAGACAAUAUCCAAUCUUGUAUCAAUCAACAAAAGGAAAAUAUAACUGAAAUACAAUCUUGUAUUAUUCAGGAAAAUGAAAUUGAAAUUGAUAUCCAAUCUUGUUCCAAUCAGCAAAAUGAAAAUAAAACUGAUAUUCAAUCUUGUAUCAAUCAGCUAGAUGAAAAUAUAACUGAUGUCCAAUUGUGUUUCAAUCAGCAAGAUGAAAAUAAAACUGAUAUCGAAUCUUUUUACAAUAAGCAAAAUGAAAAUAAAAUUGAUAUUCAAUCUUGUAUCAAUCAGCAAAAUGAAAAUAUAACUGAUUUUCAACCUUGUUACGAUCAGCAAAAUGAAAAUAAAACUGAUAUUCAAUCUAGUUUCAAUCAUCAAAAUAAAAGUAUAACUGAUAUCCAAUUGUAUCUCAAUCAGAAAAAUGAAAAUAAAAUUGAUAUCCAAUCUUGUUUAAAUCAAAAGGAUGAAAAUAAAACUGAUAUCCAACCUUGUUGCAAUCAACAGGAUGAAAAUAAAACAGAUAUCCAAUUGUGUUUCAAUCAGCAAAAUGAAAGUAGAGACAAUAUCCAAUCUUGUAUCAAUCAACAAAAGGAAAAUAUAACUGAAAUACAAUCUUGUAUUAUUCAGGAAAAUGAAAUUGAAAUUGAUAUCCAAUCUUGUUCCAAUCAGCAAAAUGAAAAUAAAACUGAUAUUCAAUCUUGUAUCAAUCAGCUAGAUGAAAAUAUAAAUGAUGUCCAAUUGUGUUUCAAUCAGCAAGAUGAAAAUAAAACUGAUAUCGAAUCUUUUUACAAUCAGCAAAAUGAAAAUAAAAUUGAUAUUCAAUCUUGUAUCAAUCAGCAAAAUGAAAAUAUAACUGAUUUCCAAUCUUGUUUCGAUCAACAAAAUGAAAAUAAAACUGAUAUUCAAUCUUGCAUCAAUCAGCAAGAUGAAAAUAUAACCAAAAUCAAAUCUUGUUUCAAUCAGCAAAACGAAAAUGAAACAGGCAUUCAAUCUUGUAUCAAUCAGCAAAUUGAAAUUAAAAUUGAUAUCCAAUCUAGUAUCAAUCAGGAAAAUGAAAAUAAAACUGAUAUUCAAUCUUGUAUCAAUCAGCAAGAUGAAAAUAUAACCGAUUUCCAAUCUUGUUUCAAUCAGCAAAAUGAAAAUAAAACUAUAGAAUCUUGUUACAAUCAGAAAAAUGAAAAUAAAAUUGAUAUCCAACCUUGUUGCAAUCAAAAGGAUGAAAAUAAAACAGAUAUCCAAUUAUGUUUCAAUCAGCAAAAUGAAAGUAGAGACAAUAUCCAAUCUUGUAUCAAUCAACAAAAUGAAAAUAUAACUGAAAUACAAUCUUGUAUUAUUCAGCAAAAUGAAAUUGAAAUUGAUAUCCAAUCUUGUUCCAAUCAGCAAAAUGAAAAUAAAACUAACAUUCAAUCUUGUUUCAAUCAACAGGAUGAAAAAAAACCUGAUAUUCAACCUUGUUUCAGCCAACAGGAUGAAAUUAAAACAGAUAUCGAAUCUUGUUUUAAUCAGCAAAAUGAAAAUAAAAUUGAUAUCCAAUCUCAUUUCAAUCAGCAAAAUAAAAAUGAAACUAAUAUUAAAUCAUGUGUCAAUAUGGAAACAAGCCAUUUCAAUAAAAAAGAUAAAAGUAAAUACAAUAUUAAGUCAUAUUUCAAUAAGCUAGAUACAAAUAAAAUUUGUAUCCCAACUAGUAACAACAUGCAUGUUGAAAAUGAGUUAGACAACCGAUUAUGUUUUAUUAAAAAAAAAAGGAAAAUCAAUAUCCAAACUAGUCUUAAUAUGCAAGAUAAAAGUAAAAUGGAUAAACAGUCAUUGUUUAAUAAAGAUAAAAACAAGGUUGUAAACAAAUCGCGUUUCAAUAAUCUGGGAGAAAAUUUGAUAAAAUUUGAUAACGAAAAAGUUGGUAAAAUGAUAAAUGUAGAAAAUAAAAUAAAUAGCCAAUUAUGUUUUAAUAAGGAAGAUGAUUUAUGUGGUGACUCUAAUUUUGGGCUAAACAAAGCUUUGUGUACUGACUCUGAUAUUAAAGUUAAUAAUGAUCUGUGUGCUGACCCUUGUAUGAAUGUUAACAAUGAUUUGUGUGCUGAUUCUAAUAUGGGUGUUAACAAUGAUCUGUGCCAAGCUAUUUCUGAAUGUCAUUUAGAAUCAUUAUCAGACCCAAAUAUUCAUAUUUUUGAAUCUGAUUUUCUGAAGAAAAAGCCUAAAAGCAGUGACUUUGAUGAUCACAAGAAUGUUUUAAAAUCAACAAAUCCUAAACUAAUAGUUGAUAAUCACUUGGAUAAUCAAGGUAAUCAUUUGAAUAAUCAAGACUUUAGUAAUCGAAUCAAUCACUUGGAUAAUCAAGAUAAUCAUCUAGCUAAUCAAGGAAACCACUCAGAUAAUCUAAUUGAUCACUUUGGUUAUCUAGUUUCUAAUCAAGAUUGUUCAUUGAACAAUUUAGGGGUUGUAUUCGAAAGAUAUCAAUUACAUGAGAACAACAAAAAUGAGAAAACUGAAGACCAAGCUUUUGAUUUUAUUGAUUUUCAAAUAGAAUCAGCUCAAGAAAAACCCCAAGAUAAUUCUAGCUCAGUUGUACCAAUCACGCAAGAAUCAUCAGAAGAAAAUAGAAAAAUUUCUGAAAGAAAAGUGAAUCAUGAAUCGGAAAAUAGUGAAAAUUUUUUGCUUGAAGAGUUAUCUUCUGGAACAAAACACAAAGAAUUAUUAUCUUUACAAGAAAAUAUUCAUUUGCUAUUGAAUCUUUCAAAUAGCAGCUUUAGUUUUCAAAAAGACUUUAGCCAAGAAGAUGGUUCAAAGGAACUUCAAGAAGCUAAUGAUAUACAAACUGCACUCCAAGACCUCUUCAUGUCAGCUAUAAAGACACCCGAGAGUUUUUUUGAUUGUUGGUUUAAAGAUGUUCAAAAAUAUAAAAUGGUAUGCUAUUUUAAUGGUUGCAACCAAAGUUUUAACUGUCCAAAUUUGUUUAUAAAACAUAUGGCUCGUUGUAAUUGUGGAAAUAACCAACUUUGGAAAAUGCUUGGGUCAAAAGUUGUAUCCUGCAUUGAAUGUAAUGAAUCUCUUGAGCUGAAGAAAUAUGGCAAACAUUAUUCUACCUCACAUGGGCUGCUCUUGUCUUAUUUAAAGUCAUUGAAUAAAACUAACAAACCAAAAUGUAAUAACUACACUUGUAAAAUGAUUAUGAAAACUGUUUGUAGCUGUGUUGAGCAUUAUAGAAAGUGUAAGUAUUUGUGGAAAUGCAAUGAGUGUCACACUGUUUAUGACAGUAAGAAUAAUGCUACACUUCAUAAGAAAACUUGUGGUCCAGCAUAAGUUUUGUUUUUUGUUGCUCACUCUCGAUGGUUACUAUUCAUUGCUCACAGUAUAAAAUAAUGGUGAUAAAACCGUUUAAAAAAAAAUAGUGUCACAGUACUAAAGUUUACACACAAUACUAAAGUUUACACAUGAAAAUCAUGGUUUUCCAAAUGCUUCAACAGCAGACUGUUGUUUUUCAAUUAGCUUUGAAUUUUUUUCAAAUACUAUUGUUUCCUAUUUAUUAUUGUGAUUUUUUAGCCAUCAAUCUUAUGUAAUAUUAAAAGUAUAUUUUUAACAUAAAUUUAUUAUUAUGACAGUAAAAAUAUAAUGUCUGUCAAAGAAGUUGA